ACUUCGCUUCCCGUGAUGUAUUGCGAGCGGAAGUGCGGCACUUGCUUUUUUUUUUUUGGGUUCGGAAGGAUUUAAAACAAAAUCUCAGUUGGACUUCAUUUCCCAUGGUGCAUUGUGAGCGGACCUGCUGUUUGAGACUCGGAACGUGUUUGGUUGUAUUCAGUGGGCAGUCAUGUGGUCAUCAUUUGAGGAGCUCCUAUGUGACCCACUGGACCUCCAGAUGAUAAAGUCUCAGUAAACAUACCAGUUUCAACUUCACGGUUGAGAUGAGUGUCAAGAAUACUGAGAUGUGAUAAACAAGAACUAAGAAAGCAACAAAACAAAUGCAAAGCUUCAGCACAACAAAAUGAAUGACGGAGUAGUUUUACAGCAGAUCUACAAAAGCCUGCACUCUGGCGCCCCUAUCAAUAUGGGAAGUCAUGAAUUAGCGUCUCAGAUAUGUCCUGGUGGUGUGGGUCAGCAUCUUAAGACUUUUGAAAAUAUGAAUGUCUGUCGCAACACCGAGUCCAGUGACAUUUGUGAUCCUCCACUUUCACGGCUUCAAGGAGUACUUGACAGCUCAAUGAGUCACCAUCAUCAGGAAACUCGACAGAAUGAAAAACUGUGGCUUCAGCUAAGCCUGAUUGAGAUGUUAAGCUCCACUGUGGUAUCGAACAUCACAGAAAAGACCCGUCAGGAAGGGGGUACAGAAGUGCUGAGGAUAUUACUGACAGAAAUGAAUCUUAUGGCAAAACUUACUUCUAUGUUUGAAGAUCAUGAAAAGUUGUCAUCCCAUUUGUCAAUGAAGUGUGCAUCAUCAGUUGUGCUUUAUGAAAUUUAUACUAAUAACGUGUUUGAUGAUGUCUGGAUCCAAAUGUGCAUGGAAACAAUGAAAACGGGAGUUUGUAGUAAGGCGUUGUAUGGAUGUUUAUGGUCUUUGACAGCUGUGAUAAAAGGAAUUAUUAAAGGAAGAUUUGGUGAUAAAAGAAGCAUCUUGAAGGAUCUAUUCAUUACAUUCGACCCUGUGUUUAAUAGUUUAUAUUACGCCAUCUUGUCUCAGUGCCACAGAGAUACCAGUGUGAACUCUGUAUGCUUGAUCUCCUUUUUUAGUUUACUCGAAGCAAUGACUGCCACCGCGUUGCACUUCAGUCUGUUGCAAACCAGUCCGAGGCUUCUAUUUCUGCAGGCGCCAGCAGUGCUACAAAUCAUUGAUUCACCAGUCCAGUAUUUAGUGAAAAAGACAAUGUUGCUCUUAGUUAAGAGGUGCCUGCUUCGGAAAGCAGGGGAAGAUUUCAUGAACAUUGAAGUAAAACCUUUACUUAGGACAACCGAUGAUGUGAACGAUAAUCUGUAUACAAUGGCAGAUGCCAUACUGCAGUCUUUAAGUUCAGGCUGGCUUCAGCAAGUCCCCAUCUGUUCACACCCUUGCUACUUUGGAGGGUCAGAAGUUCUGGGGAAAAAUGCAAUGGAAGGCAAGCCGGAUCUGAUCAUGUUAAGAGCUGUGAGUCUGAUUAUUUUAAAAUCACUGGCGUACAAGACCAGUAAGCCUUCUGAAACAGGUCUUUUGAUUGCAGUGGAUACGGUUGAUUCGUGUCAACAUUUGAGUCACCUCCUAAAGUUUGUGAUGAAGCACCUUCCUCCUCAACUGCUUCACCACAGCUGUGCCUGGGUAUCGGUGGUAUUUAUGGAGCAGGAUGAUGAUAUGAUCGAAGCGGCCAAUUCUUUACUGGCCAUAUAUUUACAUUUUAGAAGAGUAAACGACAGUCAUCCUAAGAGUUUCCUUCAGCCUAAUCAUGAUUAUGGCUGCAACCCACACUGCCUCUUCGUCCUUUUCCUGAGGGCUGUCUCGUUUGAUCACGCUGUUCUCCUCGACUUCUUGAUUUCCGCCGAGACGUGCUUUUUGGAGUACUUCAUCAUGUAUUUAAAGCUACUCAAAGGAGAAUGUCAAGAAUUUUAUAACACUUGUUGUUUCUGUGAUAACGUACCAUGUGAGAAAUACAGCAACACUUUGCCUCUGAUUUCUUGUCAUGAUAAGAAAGCAACUACGAGUCCAAUUAACUUGGGAUUCCGGGUUAAGCAACCGGAGCAGAAUGAAACAGCAUUUCCUUUAAUUCAGAGCUUCCCUGGAGCGAAAUCUUUUGAACAUCUCAGUCCUAAGAAAUUUAGCAGUCAAGAAUAUCCAAGUUGUGAAAAUGUGAAACCCUUGACUUUUCCUCUGGUUGACUAUGAAAGCUCCGAUGAGUCUGAUAUAGAUUUUGAAUGUUUAGAAAGCACUGAACGACACAAUCAUGGAAACGACAACAGGACAACAUGUCAGCUAGUGGAAGAAACCGAUCAAAGGGAAUGUCUGCCCUCCUCCUCGAGUGAGGUGAAAAUGUCUCAUAGUUGUGCAAAGCAGAGAAGUACUUUCUACAAAUCCAUCCGGUGUCUAGUAGAGCUCAGAGAAGCUAUAAUAAGACUACAGAGAAAAAAUCUCUUUCCCUAUAACCCAAGUGCACUCCUAAAACUGCUGUUGCAAAUUGAAACACUAACUGGCUUAAUUCAGAGUAAGAGUGAAUCGUAAAUUACACGGGGGUUGGGGAGGAGGGGUACCUAUGGUAUUCAACUGGUAAUGGAUUUUAAGGAAUGUAAAAGGUGUUCUACUCUCGGCACUUUUUUCAGUUGAAACUUUCUUGUAGUGACUCUGUUCCAUUAAUAUUAUGGAAGUAAAUUGUCUUUUCAGGGACCUUUUGAGUGCUGGCUUAGAGGCCACAUUGGUGAAGGGCUGCGCAACUGCAGGACUUUACACCUAACUGUUUACUUAGGUUCAUGUGUGACCCACUUCCAUUGUACUGUUCUCCAUUCAUUCCGCUUUAGUU